AAGUCCCUAAAGCCGACUGCGCAAAGAAGGCUGUGUCUACGAGGAUAAGGGUGAGCCAAACGGGAACAGUCAACAAGCCGAAGCCAUCAGUACGGGUAAUACGAUGGAUGCCGAGCUUUGUAGCACAAGACACUUGACUCAAUAGCUCCCUGGAUGGAGGCCACACUCCAGGAACGAUACGAUCGAGUGACACAGAGAAAUUGGAAACAGUGCCACCAACAAACCGUUCAAUGCUUAAGGGUCGAAGUCAGUAUGACUCGUUCAACAUGAUCGGGAAUUCCGGCGCGGAUCUGCAUAACAUGGGUGAAUGACCUCAGAUCCAAAACAUAAACACAAAUAUGGGUUUGAAUUUGGACGGAAUGAGAUUAUGUCCCGUAAACCAAAACUGAAGCGACUAUGGAUGAACGGUGGUUUUGAAUAUGCUUCACACGCGAAGAUCGUCACUUGCACCACAUGGGUGCGGGUCUAUCUCGUCAUAUCCAGUCGAUUAAGCUUGAGGUGCUUCUGCAGUUGAGUUUGCCUCUAUCGACGCUUGAUGCUUCCGUCCGUUCCAGAAGGCGUUGUUCCCAGAGACGCUUCGAUUCAUCAGCUAGAAAGACAAAGGAAACUUUAAUCGGCAAUUUGGCGGAACUCUUUUCCCUUGCCACCUUGCGCAAACUGGGUCCCUCGAGAAAACAAAAAAAAAAGUCACUGGUUGCUCGAUCACUGUUCAUUCUGUAUCCCCAGUCACCGGAAAACUGAAAGCGUUGAACUCCCUCCCCGGCGAGACCGACCAAAAAAGCAGAUCAUGCAGAUCGCAGGACAGAGGAGAUAAGAUAGGGACAUCCUCCGCAAACCCCAAAUUCAGGUCCUUGUCGAGUUGUCGCAGCAGAGACGGGCCAACAUACCGUUCGGGCAAGCACCGGCCGGUGCAGAGCCGGGUUCGAUCGAUGGAUUCAUGGGUGUUGGCGCGCAGUGGCCACUGCGUAAAAAGUUUAAUCAGGCUGGGUGGAGACACCGCACGCUCUCCC